AUGCGAACGCCCAUAAAUACUGUAUACAAGUUAUCGCAAGCAUCGUUGAGAUAUGCAACUACCACUUCGGCUCCCUCUGAAGGCAGAUACGACAGCAGCGGAAACAGAUUCGUAACCCUGAUUCCCGGCGACGGUAUCGGCCCUGAAAUAUCAAAACACGUAAAGACCAUCUUUGCUGCUGCCAAAGUGCCUGUCGUUUGGGAAGAAGCCGACGUGACUCCCGUUCUAAAAGAUGGGAAGACUGUCAUCCCAAAACUCGCACUAGAUUCUGUAAACAGGAACAAGGUCGCUCUCAAAGGCCCACUCGCAACACCAAUUGGAAAGGGACACGUGUCACUCAACCUAACUCUCCGAAGGACAUUCGACUUGUACGCAAACGUCCGACCAUGUAAAUCCAUCGUGGGAUACAAGACCCCCUUCGACAAUGUAGACACAGUCCUCAUCCGUGAAAACACAGAGGGCGAAUACUCUGGAAUCGAACACGAAGUCAUCCCUGGUGUAGUCCAAAGUAUCAAACUCAUUACCGAAGAUGCCUCAAGAAGGUGUAUUCGAUAUGCUUUCGAGUAUGCCAAGUCUAUCGGAAGGAAGAAUGUCACUGUUGUGCACAAGGCUAAUAUUAUGAGACAAUCAGACGGACUCUUCUUAAGCGUAGCUCAAGACAUGGCCAAAGAAUACCCAGAACUCACACUGGAUGAAAAGAUACUAGAUAAAGUAGUCCUCGAAAUCGUACAAGACCCAACAGACUACUCUGAAACCGUCAUGGUGAUGCCAAAUCUGUACGGUGAUAUCUUGUCUGACUUGGGUGCUGGAUUGAUUGGUGGGCUUGGUUUGACUCCGUCUGGAAACAUUGGACAAAAGGCGUCCAUCUUUGAAUCGGUCCAUGGAACAGCACCAGAUAUUGCCGGACAAGACAAGGCAAACCCAACUGCGCUACUCUUAUCUGCAGUCAUGAUGCUGAAACACAUGCACAUGGAGACAUAUGCAGAAAAGAUCUCAAACGCUGUCUUGUCUACUAUUGCUGAAGGAAAAGUACUCACUGGUGAUUUGGGUGGUAAAUCUACUGGAACUGCGUUUACGCAAGCUGUAGUUGCCAAGCUAGGUUGA